AUGACCCCUCCGCCCGAGGGUAAUCGCCCCGGCGAGCAGCGGGAUGCCCUUCCGCCGGGUGCCGAUCCAACGAGCCCUGCUCAGCCCCCAGUGGCCGAGGGCGCCCAGCCGCUUGGUGACGCUCUGCCAGGCAUCCUGGACCUGCAGGAUGAUGGGUCCCUGCCGUCGCUCUCCGGCGGCGGGCCAAACAGCUACAACAACAUCAGCGCCAAUGACCUGCUCACCGAGGAGGAACUCAAUCGUGUGCAGUACAAUGGUCUCCAGCGCCAUGGGGUGCCAUCGCGCACCUCGCCCGUGGCCUUCGAUGCUCGCUCGCACCAGGUAGGCCGGUACCAGGGGUACACUGGGGCAACAAACGCCAGCAGCCCCUUCAUCCACCCCUCCAACACCCCGUACGGCUACUCGGGCCAACAGCGCCUGCCUUCGGAGGCCGGCAUCAUCGGCACCGGGGGCAGCAUGUACAGCCGCGCGUCGGCCGGGCAGAGCCCAGCCGCGGCCUUCCCCCCCUCGGUGGGUGGCCGGUCGCCCUUCCAGACGCCGGCCUCUCCGCCGGGCAUUGCCCCGGCAGCCGUGUCCUAUCGUAAUAUCCAAUCGCCCGGCACCGACGCCGGCUCCCGGCUGACGGCCAUCGCCGCGCCGGCCUCGGGCCACAACUCCCGUGCCGUGGUGCUCAUUUGGCGCAACCUCAAGUUCACCCCGGUGGCCAGUGAGUCGCUGCCGACGCGCGUGGCUUCGGCCUUCCGGAAGGUCACCUGCCGGGCGCGGCGGGCCACCGGUCGUGACCGCCAGCCAUUGCUCAGCGAUGGUCGGGAGAAAACCGGCCCCGGCGUGCGCACCGGCAACCAGUACAAUGAGCUCACCUCGAUCCAGGGCAGCCCGAUGCCGGGGGCCGGGGCCCAGGAGAAGCUCUUCGACCUGGACAGCACUUCGGGCGGCAAGCUGCCGGUGCACGCGGCAAAGCGCACGCCCGCCAUGGGCGCCAGUGCGGCCGCAUCGGCCGCCGGCAAGUCGGUCGGCCGCGGCUUCGGCCUGAGUGCCAACAACAUUGAGACCGACCCGGAGUCCGACAUUUCGGAGUCCGGGUCCGACAGCGACCGGUCCGACGUGCCGAGCUUCGGCCCGGGGUUCGACUCGGACGACAGCGACUCCGACCUGGAGCUCGGCGAGGAUGGCGAGCUGCUGGAUGACGACUGGACGCAAUCUGGCGAGGGCCAGCUCGGCCGCGACUUGACCGACACCACGGGCACCAGUGACUCGCGCCGGGUGGCCGGCGCCGGUAAGACCGCCCGCCAGCGGCGCAUUCUCCACGGAGUGACCGGUGUGGCUGGCGCUGGCGAAAUGAUGGCCAUCAUGGGUAGCUCCGGCGCGGGGAAGACCUCCCUGCUGAACAUCCUGGCCGGCCGGACUCGGCGCUUCAAUGGCAUGGUCAUUGUCAAUGGCCGCGCCUGCGAUGCCGAGAAACUCCAGUCCGUCAGUGCCUACGUCAUGCAGGAUGACCUGCUGCUCGGGGCCUUUAGCCCGCGCGAGCACAUGCUCUUCAGCGCUCGGAUGCGCCUCCCGCGCACGGUCACAGCCCAAGAGCGGCUCAAGCGCGUGGAAAGCCUCCUCGAGCUGCUGGCCCUCCAGGCGUGUGCCGAUACGCCCGUGGAGAAGGUCAGCGGCGGAGAGCGCAAGCGGACGUGUAUCGGCAUCGAGCUGGUCACUCGGCCAGGGCUGCUCUUUUUGGAUGAGCCAACCAGCGGCCUGGAUAGCUUCACCGCUCUGGCCGUGAUGCGGGUCAUCCGUCGCAUCAGCUCCGAGGGAUGCACCGUCGUGUCGACCAUUCACCAGCCGAGCUCGGAUCUCUUUUCGCUUUUCGACCGGCUGACCCUGCUUCACAAGGGCCGUGAUGUGUAUCACGGAAAGGCCGCCACCGCCAUCGACUACUUUGCCAAGAUCAACUUUCCCUGCCCCAGCUUUACCAAUCCGGCAGACCACCUGCUGAACCUCCUUCACCGGCCGGAUGAUCGGCCCUUGCAGCAGUAUAAGCGGGACAUUGGUCGAAUUGUCAGCAGCUGGCGCACCCAGACCCGCGCCGAGAAGCGCGCCGCCGAGGCCGCCUCCGUUUCCCAGGCCGCCGCCCGUCUGGCUAGCAAGAACCUGAGCGAGGGCCUUGCUGGUGAUGGGAUCGCCCUCGGGGCGCUGUCCUCCCCGACGGCCAGCGAGCGCUUCAUCUCCCCCUACAUGCCGACGUACAUGCUUCUGGGGCAGAAUGGCACCGAGUCCCCGCUGGCCUCGCGACGCAGCCCGGCCAUCGUGCGCCAUCGGCGCCUUCCCUGGUACAAGGAGUUCGGCCUGCUCUUCCAGCGUGCCUUCAUCAUGUACAUGCGCAGCCCCGGGUCCAUGCAGAUUCGCCUCAUCCAGUCGAUCAUCAUUGCCCUGGUGUUCGCCACCAUCUACUUCGACCUCGGCACCAACAUGGGGUCCCUGCAGAAUCGCACCGGCUUCCUCUUUGCCCUGGUCACCGGGCUGAUUAUCAAUGGCAUCCUGCCGGUGGUGCUCAUGUUCCCUCUCGAGCGCGCGGUCUUCCUCCGUGAGCAGAUGUCCCGCACAUACCGGAUCUGGACCUACUUCUCCUCGAAGGUCCUGGCGGAUGUGCCCUUCACCCUGGUGUUCUCGUCGAUCUUUGGCACUCUGACCUACUGGCUGAUUGGGCUGAAUGCCACGGACCCGACGCGCUUCCCGCUCUUCCUGCUGAUUGUCUUCUGCCUGAGUCUCUCGGCUCAGGCUCUUGGCGUGCUGAUUGGCUGUGCCGUGCCGGACCUCAUCGGCGCCAUUGCCAUUGCCCCGGUCUUCCUGCUGCCCCUCAUUCUUUUCGGCGGAUUCCUCAUCAACAUCGAGUCCAUCCCGGUGUGGUUCUCCUGGUUCCAGCAUGUCAGCAUCCUGGCCUAUGGAUUUGAGGCCAUGAUGAUCAACGAGUAUCGCGGCCUCAAGUUGGAAUGCACGCCGGAGGAGCUAAUCCGCCUGCCCCCGCCGUUCAAUGUCGAAAUCUGCCCGAUCGAAAGCGGUGACCAGGUCCUCCGGUACUUCGACUUCAAUCCGGAACGCCUGUGGCCGGAUAUCUACUGCCUGGGCGCCCUCAUUGUCGGGACGUACCUGCUGGCUCUCGCUGUCCUGGGCAUGGCCACGUACCGGCACCUUCGUAAGACCUGAAAACCUUCCCCACGAAUCGGCCGGCCUGCCUGUGCGCCAGGCCGGCAAUCCAGCGUGCGCAGGCUCACACGCACGGCGGAAGAUCAUGCCACGGCACGCCUACCCCUUUGAGUGAAAGGGAACACAGGAAAAACGUGAACUUUUGCAUGAUGCAAAAAGCCGAUACUCGGGCGGACGCCUGCCCUUUUCUUUUCAUUCCUCCAUUCUUAUUUUUAGCUUCGUGUUCGCUCUUCUCCGCUCUUUUGCCGGAAAAAAAACCUACCCCCACUCUUGGUCAAAUACAUAAUGCAUCACCUAGAGGAAGAGAGAGAAAGGGGCUCGAUAUUCUUCGCGUCGCGCCCCUGCCCACACAGAGGCCGGGAGGAGGAGCAGGGGGGGGGGGGAAUGCAUUUUUCAGGACACGCCCAAGGAAACAUAGUGAGCAAAACACCCACAAGAUCAUGCGAAACCAUCCCCCGAGGGAUCUGGCACAUCGGUAGUCCACCACUGGCGAGCGGUUCGCGGGACGGGCUCCUGGUCGGGCGCAGCUGAGCCCUCAUCCACGAGCGCCUCGAUGUCGGGCGGUGAGGCGUGCCGGGCGCCAUAUGCGCACGCGUCCGCCAGAUUGGCCCGACACGACCCGCACCGGGGGUUGAUGGCCCGACACACGGUCUGACCAUGACCCACCAGCAGGGCAUUGAUCACAGGCCAAAGCUCCCUCGGCAGCCAUGUCUCAAGAGACUGACGGUCAAAAGAAAGAGGGGAGGGGGAGGGGUCAAAUGCAUACAGACAGAGGGGGAGAGGGGGAGAGAGAGAGAGAGAGA